AUGUCAGACAGUAUAACAACAGAGAGAAAAUAUACUGAGGUUGACUCAAAGAAAAUACUGGCUAGUAUUGAUCAAUUGAAUUCGGGUCUAACAUCCCAAGAAAAGGAGACGAAACAAAUAUUAGGUGAAAUCUAUUCAAUUGUAAUAGCAUUAGAUUAUGUAGAGAAGGCGUAUCUCAGAGAUUUAGUAUCGAGUUCCCAAUAUACAAAUUCUGUAAACAAAUUACUCGCUCAAUACAAGACAUAUUUAGGGAAUGAAGAAGUGCGGAAAGCCUUCGUCGAUCUGGAUCAUUUUAAAAGAAAAUACGACAUAGUAGCUUCUAAUGCUAUCACAAGAUUAGAAAGAGGUAUACCGAUAACUGUCGAACAUGCAAUUGUAGAUGCCCAGGACACGGGAGAUACAACGAUAAGCCAUAAUUCGGCUCAAAGAAAAGGAGGUUACAAUGGUAAAGAUGUAGCGGAAGCAACAGGUAAUUUCAUUACUGUGAUGGAUGCAUUGAAAUUAAAUUAUAAAGCCAAAGAUCAGUUACAUCCCCUACUUGCUGAACUUUUGUUAAGUAUUAAUAAAGUUACUCAAAGUGAUUUUGAGCAUCGAAAAGAAUUAGUGAAUUGGAUAAUUAAGAUUAAUAAAAUGCGUGUAGAAGAUACAUUGAGUGAUAACGAGAUAAGAGAACUUUUGUUUGAUUUAGAUCUUGCGUAUAAAAGUUUUUAUUCUUUACUAGAAUAA